AUGAAUUCCUUUUCACCAGCUUCCAAAAUUUCAAAACUAAUACCAUUGAAUCUUCUCUAAAAAUCAUUAGUGGAUGACGAGGAACCCAUGUUUCUCGAGAGAAGUACUAAGAAGAUUAAAUUUAAUGAACUACUUAUUGUACUUAAUUAUCAUCCCAAUACAGAAGUGACCUAUAUCAAAAGAUAAGUGUUAAAAUGUAAAGGACUCUCAAAUGUAGCAUGGCUCAAUCCUUGUAUAAACGAAUAAUCAACAUAAAAUUUAUAAAAGAAUAGAUCAAUUUUAAAAAGAACCGAUAAUUGA